GCCAGUGAUCCUAAACUCCGCGCUGCCACUUCGGCGCCUGCUGCCCCAGCGGCCAGGACUGCGGCGCUACGCCCGCUCGCUCUGGCGGCCACCGGCGAGUUCAGGACGUUAGUGGGUCGGUGCAUCUGUCCAGAGAGAACUUCCAGAUCCACGGCUCCGCGAUGGUUCUGGCCCCACUGCUGCUUGGGCUGCUGCUGCUUCCCGCGCCCUGCAGAGUCACUGCUGAAAAGGCAGAAGAAACCAAGCCAGAUCAGCUCUUCCCAGGACCUUUACCAGGGAGCCUACCAGCUAAGCACUCCAGUGAGUACCAGCCGUCAUCAUCCCAGACUGGAAGGUCACUACCAGCACACACAGCCGCUCCCCAGGUGACUUCUGCAGCGUCAAAGCUCCUACCUCCUGUUGCAUUUAAUCACACGAUUGGACACAUAAUACUUUCGGAGCACAAAAAUGUCAAAUUUAAUUGCUCGAUCAAUAUUCCUAACACGUACCAAGAAACAGCUGGCAUUUCGUGGUGGAAGGAUGGAAAGGAACUGCUCGGAGCACAUCAUUCAAUCACACAGUUUUAUCCUGAUGAGGAAGGGGUGUCAAUAAUUGCAUUGUUCAGCAUAACCAGUGUGCAGCGCUCAGACAAUGGAUCGUAUAUCUGUAAGAUGAAGGUGAACGACAAAGAGAUUGUAUCUGAUCCUAUAUACGUGGAAGUUCAAGGACUUCCUUACUUUAUUAAGCAGCCCGAGAGUAUGAAUGUCACCCGAAACACAGCCUUCAACCUCACCUGCCAUGCUGUGGGCCCACCUGAGCCCAUCAACAUCUUCUGGUUUCAAAACAGCAGCCGCAUUAAUGAAAAACCAGAAAGGUCCCCAUCUGUCCUAACCGUACCUGGUCUGACCGAGACGGCGGUCUUCAGCUGUGAGGCCCACAACGACAAAGGACUCACGGUGACCAAGGGUGUGCAGAUCAACAUCAAAGCAAUCCCCUCCCCACCAACUGAAGUCCACAUCCUCAGCAGCACAGCACACAGCAUCCUGGUCGCCUGGGUCCCAGGUUUCGAUGGUUACUCCCCAUUUCAGAACUGCAGCAUUCAGGUCAAGGAAGCUGACCUGCUGAGUAACGACUCAGUCAUGAUUUUUAAUACCUCGGCUUCGCCACAUCUGUAUGAAAUCCAGCAGCUGCAAGCCCUGGCUAAUUACAGCAUCGGUGUGUCCUGCCGGAAUGAAAUUGGCUGGUCUGCAGUAAGCUCUUGGAUUCUGGCCAGCACAACAGAAGGAGCUCCGUCCGUAACACCUUUAAACAUCACUGCGUUUCUAAACGAAUCUAACAGUAGCGUGGAUAUCAGAUGGAUGAAGCCUCCAAUUAAGCGGCAGGAUGGAGAACUGGUGGGUUACAGGAUCUCUCACGUGUGGGAGAGUUCGGAGACUUCCAAAGAACUUUCUGAAGAAGUCAGCCGGAAUGGCAGCUUGGCUCAGAUUCCUGUCCAAAUCUACAACGCUACCUGCACAGUGAGGAUUGCAGCCAUCACUAAAGGGGGUGUUGGACCUUUCAGUGAGCCAGUGAAAAUAAUCAUUCCUGAAUACAGUAGGGUAGAUUACGCGCCCUCAUCAACUCCAGCACCUGGCAACACGGAGUCUAUGCUCAUCAUUCUUGGCUGCUUUUGUGGAUUUGUUUUAAUCGGGUUGAUUUUAUAUAUUUCUCUGGCCAUCAGAAGAAGAGUCCAGGAAACAAAGUUUGGGGGUGCAUUCUCUGAGGAGGAUUCCCAAUUAGUCGUAAAUUACAUAGCAAAGAAGUCUUUCUGCCGGCGAGCCAUCGAGCUUACCCUGCACAGCUUGGGGGUGAGCGAGGAGCUGCAAAAUAAACUAGAAGAUGUCGUGAUUGACAGAAACCUUCUAAUUCUUGGGAAAAUUCUGGGUGAAGGAGAGUUUGGGUCUGUAAUGGAAGGCAAUCUGAAGCAGGAAGAUGGCACUUCUCAGAAGGUGGCGGUGAAGACCAUGAAGUUGGACAACUUUUCUCACCGGGAGAUCGAGGAGUUUCUCAGCGAAGCAGCGUGCAUGAAAGACUUCAACCACCCAAACGUCAUCCGGCUCCUAGGCGUGUGUAUAGAAAUGAGCUCUCAAGGCAUCCCAAAGCCCAUGGUGGUUUUACCUUUCAUGAAAUACGGAGACCUGCAUACGUUCCUGCUAUAUUCCCGGAUAGAAUCAAGACCAAAGCACAUCCCCCUGCAGACACUGCUGAAGUUCAUGGUGGACAUCGCUCAGGGGAUGGAGUAUCUGAGCAACAGGAAUUUCCUUCAUCGGGAUUUAGCAGCUCGAAACUGCAUGUUACGAGAUGACAUGACAGUCUGUGUGGCAGACUUUGGCCUCUCUAAGAAGAUUUACAGUGGUGAUUAUUACCGCCAAGGCCGCAUUGCCAAAAUGCCUGUGAAGUGGAUUGCCAUAGAGAGCCUGGCAGACCGAGUCUACACAAGCAAAAGUGACGUGUGGGCUUUCGGCGUGACCAUGUGGGAAAUAGCCACACGGGGAAUGACUCCCUACCCUGGAGUUCAGAACCAUGAGAUGUAUGAUUACCUUCUCCAUGGCCACAGGCUGAAGCAGCCGGAGGAUUGCCUGGAUGAACUGUAUGACAUCAUGUACGCUUGCUGGAGUGCUGACCCCUUGGACCGACCCACCUUCUCAACGUUGAGACUGCAGCUGGAAAAGCUCUCCGAGAGUCUGCCUGAUGCGCAGGACAAAGAGUCCAUCAUCUACAUCAAUACGCAGUUGCUAGAGAGCUGCGAGGGCCUGGCCAACGGUCCCUCCCUUGCUGCAUUGGACAUGAACAUUGAUCCUGACUCCAUCAUUGCCUCUUGCACUCCCAGUGCCACCAUCAGCGUGGUCACAGCCGAAGUUCAUGAGAACAACCUCCAGGAGGAAAGAUACAUCUUGAACGGGGUCGGUGAAGAAUGGGAAGAUGUGUCCUCCACUCCUUUUGCUACAGUCCCCCCUGGAAAGGAUGCUGCCUCACCAGAGGACAAACUCAGCAAAAAUGGGAUCUCCUGGUCUCACUGCAGUACGCUCCCCUUGGGGAGCCCACCACCAGAUGAACUUUUGUUUGCAGAUGAGUCCUCUGACGACUCUGAAGUCCCAAUGUGAGGCCAACUGAGUAGAGGCAUGACAGGAGCAAGCAAAUGCUGCUGUGUGGGACCUGGUCAUCUUAGUUACUUUCUUAUUGCUGUAAUGAAACUCCAUGACCAAGGCAACCUAGAAAAGUCAGGCUUUAAUUAGGUUUACGGUUUCAGAGGGUUUGAAUCCAUGCUUGCAGAAGUAAGGCUAAGCGCUUACGUCUUGAAUGGUGAGCAAGAGACAGAAAGUACUCUGGGAAAUGGCACCACUCUUUUGAAACAUCAAAGCCUGCUCCCAGUGACAAACCUCCUUCAAUAAGGCCACACCUCCUAAUCCUUCCCAAACAAGUCUACCAACUGGAGACUAAGCAUUCAAACCUAUGAACCUAGGGAGCCAUUCCAAUUCAAAAUGCCACACUGGUUAGACCUGAUGUUUUGGUAUUUGUUUUUCUUACUUACUCCUAAAGCCCAUGGCCUCACAGCACCAGGUGAAUGCUGUCAAGCCAGUUUUCACUAUAAACACAUAACCAGGGCCUAGAGAGACGGCUCACGGGCUAAGAGUGCGUGCUGCUCUUGCAAAGGGCCUAAGUUGAGUUGCCAGUAACUAAAUCAGGUGGCUCAUGACGACCUGUAACUCCCGAUCUCAUGCUUGCUUCCGGCCCCUGAGGGCACCUGCACACAUGAGACCUACAGUCACAUGUAAGUCAAAAUAAACGUAAAGAUAAACAGCAAGGCUUGGAGUGUGGCUCUGCAGCUAAGUAUGUGUUCCACCUGUGGGCUGCCCUCUGUUCCAUCCCAAGGCCCCCAAACUGUACAAAAUAAAAAUACAGAGGCAGAGGGUAAAGCUGGGUUGGUAAAGGCCUUGACUUGUAAGCAUGAGGACGUCAGUUUGUUCCCCAGAGCCCACAGAACAAAAAAGUUGGCUGUGUGGCACAUCCUUGUAAUCUCAGUGCUGGGAAAGUGGAGUCUGGUGGGUUUCUGACACUCACAGGGCAGCCUGCCUUGGUGAGUUUGAGGCCAAGUGAGACCCUGUCUCAAAGAAAAACGCUGGACAGCACCUGAGGAGUGAUACUUGAUGCUGUUCUUUGACCGCCAUACACACACACACACACACACACACACACACACACACACCCCAGAACAUUCAUAAGCAUGUACACACAAGAAAAUAUAAAUAAAAUCAUAAUAUAUUUAUUUAAAGAGUGAACAUAUAUGUAUAUGGUGGAAAGAGACAGGAUAUUAUAUUUUAAUAAAAGAUGACUUAUUUCACUGACCUUGCAGAUCUUAAACUAUAUUCCUCAGUGUUAACAUUUGUACGGAAUCAAUGAUGCUUUUUUAAAGUUGUUUUCUUUUCCACAGUAUUAAAUGUAAAAGUGUUUGUAAAAUGAAAUGCCAGAUUUGGCUUCAUUUUUGAGCUUCAUGAGAAGCCUGGUAUGCCUCCAUGAAUCGUGUGUCUGAUAAAAAUGAUUUAUUUAAUGUUUAAGGUUUUUAUAACUGAUCAUCUGAUAUGACUUCCUAAUAAAAUACAAAUCAGGAA